ACAAACAUCGCCAUACACGCGCAGGCGCAGCUGCAGUGUUCCAGAUCAUUCGUUUUAUCACUAAACAUUAUCAGUGAGAUACACCUUCUGUCGUUCGCGAACUCUCUCCCCUCACAAUGAAGUCCGUGGUGCUGUGCGCUCUGGUGCUGGUGGCGGCGGUGGCUGCGGCUCCUCAACGCGAGGGCGCUGCCUACACCCGGGAGGCCAUCAAGCAGGCGCAGAACACACACCUCAUCCCCAAGGACGCGGAGAUACAGAAGGUACAAGAAGGUAUCGAGCUGGCGGCGUACGAGUCCAUCCCCGUGAACCAGAGGAUUAACCUGUACGAGAUCCUGGGCGACCAGGUACCCUCCGAGGUCAUCAACAACCUGCAGGGACAGAUUGACAACAUCGGACGCCAGUAACCUCCUAGCAGUAGUGCCAGUGCGACGCCAGUAGCGGCUGACACGACCUUAGCAUAGAAAGAAUGUGGGAAAAUGAGAUUAAGAGAUGUUUAAAGGUCGCUUAUUAAUGGGCGAUUAUGGAUGAUAAUGUAUGUCGGCGCUGCAGGCCGCGGGUUGCGUGACUCGGCUGUUGCAACCGCUACUGGCCCCGUGAAGACACCGUCGAGUUAUAUUUUAAUUUAUUGGUGACGCAAGUCGAGUACGAGACAGUGAAUGUGAUAUUGUGCAACUUCACCGUUUUAUACGUUUGUACAUAAAUAAUGUUAAAAAAUAAAUUGGUCGUGUGAUGUCCAA